AGGCGAGCGCGACAGUAUAGCGAUAGCAUGGACGCUGCCGAGCGCGUUUACACCGACAACGUCCUGCCAAGCGACGCUGAAGGCGCAAGGCAACUCCUGUCGCAGUUACACGACCACAAGCGAGCCAUUCUCGAAGCAUCAAUGUACACGCUGCAGGAGGCUCAGGCCCUCCUUGCGCGGCUCAGGGGCCUGGCCACUGAGGGCGCCACCCUCGAUUCGAGGCCGCAGCAUAUCAAGACCAACAUCGAGUUUGCGUGCUCCCAAAUCGAGCAUUACUUGGAGUCACUGCACGACCGAAGGAGAUUCCUAGAUGGACUCUUCUCUGCAAGAAAGCACCAUCUGGAGCAGUGUCUCGCUCUGUGUCUUCUGUACCAGGACCUGACCGAAGCGGUAACUUCUCUGAAGCAGUUGCGCGAUGAAGUUUCCGAACAUCAAGGUCUGGGAGAGUCUCAGGGUAAUGCAGAGAUUCUCCUCCACGAGCAUCUCAGGAGGGAGACAGCUGCCAAGGAACAGCAGGAUAAGUGCAUCCGGCUGUUGAAGACUGCGGAGCGCAUGGCAUCUGGAGGGCACUACGCCGGCCUGGAGGCUCGCUCCAGAGCCUACUCGGUCUUGGAGGCUGCCACAGCUCUGCAUGAGACAUGUGACACCCGCACUGCUCUUCUCCAGCAGUCCAUUCUCUUCUUCAAGCUCGCCCAGACGGCCAUGACCAAGUUGGACCAGGCUGAAGUGCAGGUGGCCAGUCUGGGUGGCGAAGGAGCACAGAGACUCUCCCUCGUAGUUGGGGUGGUGGAGGAAGCCAUUCAGCCAGCACUCGCUGAAGGAUAUGCCAUCCUGGAGGUUACUGGAGGAAGAAAUCAACCCCACAACUUGGGUAUUUCGCUUGUGGUUGAGGAACUUGAACGACGUAGAAGUCACUUGUCUUCCAUUUGUGUUUCCUCAACUGAACAAGUUUUGCAACGAACAGAACUCUCUAAUGCCUUCCUCGAACAAUAUAACUCUAUUGAGUCCUGGCUGGUCAGAAUUGGAGAUGCCUUUCUGCAGGGUCAUCAAGACCCAGGUGGCUCUCUUAGUCUAGCCAGGGACUUCCUCCACCUCCAUCAAACCCUUAAUAACGAUGUUAUGGAAAAGAAACGCGAAAUCGAUUCUCUCGACACUUUCUUGUCAAAGCUUUUACGAGAUUUAUCUGAAGAGGAGGCAGCAGGCUAUCAAGAGAAAAUGCAAGCCUUGAAGGACCACUGGGAUGCAUUGAAGAAAGUUCUUGAUAUUCGUAUUGCAAUCAGUGACAAAUAUGUGAAGUUCCAUGAGGAUGCUGAGGCUGUGAAUAAUGAACAUGAGAGCCUUGAGCAGCUACUAAAAGAAGCACACGGAGAGGAUAUUGUUCCUCAAGUUGAAGCUAAGUGGGAACAAGUGCAAAAGUUGUAUCUUGAUCUUUGCAACAAUGGAAAAGCUUUUUGUCAAGAUGUUAAGAAUGUUGAAGAUCCCUACUUGGAUACAAAUAGGGCUGUGUUAUGUGUAGAGAAUAUUUUGGAACAACUUGGCAAGAGACGUCUUGUCAUAACUGACUUGCAUUCACACUUCCAUAUGAAGAUAACCACAACUAAAGAGAUGUUAUUAUUAUGGAACACUUAUCGGGAAAAUGUUGUAAAGAUGCAGUCAGAAAUGUCUAGUCUGGAGACAGACUUUUGUCCAUUAUUAAGAGGAGAUCCAGCUGAUCCAGAAGAUAUAGCUAAUACUCUUGAUCAGAGGUUGAGUGUUUAUGUAUCAGCUGUGAAGAAAACUCAGGAGGAUAUUCAGAAUAUGAUGACAAGAGCAGAAGUGAUGUCAUAUAAAGGUGAUCAAGGUGGUCAGCGAGAUGAAGUUAUUGGAGCCCUUCUGCAGCUUUAUCAGAAUCUGCAGAACAAAGCCACAGAAUACCAAAUUUUGGGACACAUGCUAAUCCAGUGGUGCAGAAAUAUAGCUGAGAUUCACCGAUCUUGUGACAAACUGGAGUCACAAUUUGGUAAUGUCAGCCUUGAUAUUGGAGGUAUAGAAGGUCAGCUUUUGGAACAUGAGGCUUCCAAACAAGCUGUUCUGGAAUUGCUCAAAUUUGCUCAAAAUGAAUCAACAAGUAUUGUGACUAAGAUCAAGGAACAGUGUCCCCCUGAUGCCGGAGCAAAGGAUAUUGGCAUGAUCAAUGAAAUGUUGGAAAGACGUGGCAGAGUCUUUGAAACGGUAUGGUCCCAUCACCAACAAAUGCUUGAAAGGCAACUCAAGCGUUCGCAAUAUCAUGUUGAUUUACAGGUAAUCAGCGACCAGCUUCGUGAUUUAAGUGAACAACUAGGUCGCAUGCGAGGUCAUUAUGGUGACUCCCUGGCUGCUGCCAAGAACAUGCAGACUGCAUUCACACAGUUCAAGAUCACUGUUGAUAUGUUAGAAAGACGUAUCCAAACAUUUGUAAGUACAGCUGUUAAAAUGCUUGGACAAGAGGAUGACUCAGGUGAAGUGCAGCAGGAACUUGCUGAGUUGGAGAAGAAAUGGUCUACUUUCCAGAGGCAGGUUGGGGAGUCAGAGAAGUCUAUUGAACUGUCUAUUGACUUCUUCAAACUUGUUGAGGAGGCUGAAGAUUGGUUUAAGAAUGGAAGUAAACUCCUGGUAACUGUAGCCGGUGAAUCAUCUAACAUCCAAAACCCAGAUCAAGCUCAGAAACUUAGGAAACGUAUUGAGCACUUCUUGCAGCCAGGAGAGCAGGCUCAAGCAGAGAGAAUCACAAAGAUAUCCUCACUUGCCCUUCAACUGUAUGGAUCAGCUACUCCCAGACAGAUCGAAGUUGUAUCUCACCAGAAUACACACAUGCUUGAAAGCUUUAAUGUUAUCAACCGUAACCUUGAAAUGCUGAUUAUAAACCUGAAAAAUGCAGAAGAUCUUAGAGAAAAGCAGAAGAAGGAAAAGGAAGAACUUGCUGCUUCACUCACAGCUGCUCAGGCUGAAGCUGAGGCAGCAAGGCUGAGAGCAGCUGCAGCAGAAGAAGCUAGAAGGGCUGCAGAGGAGGUGGCAAGAACAAUGGCCAUACCUGUAGAGCCUAUUGUUCCAGAAAAGGUUGAGAUUGAGAUCCAGACAGAAGCCAUCCCCCUGCCACCUGAGGAGCCCCGAAAGCCAGAGGAAACACCACCUGCCAAGAAAGCCAAGCUGAUCGAUGACGAACCACAGCACAUGCCUCCAGUCUUCAUGACACCACUCGUGGGAGCCUCAGUCUCGGAGGGAGUCAAAUUCUCCUUUGAGUGCAGGGUUAUUGGAUUUCCAAUGCCUGAGGUUGAAUGGCUCAAGGACAAUAUGAGCAUCUCUGGAAACCCAGAUUAUAAAACAAGCUUUGAAGAAGGUAUAUGUACUCUUACUAUCGAAGAAACAUUCACUGAGGACUCUGCCCUUUUCACAUGUAAGGCAGUUAAUGCUGCUGGUAUGGCAGAAACAUCUGCAACACUCACAGUUAAAGAAGCAGAGGCAGUGGAGGUGAUGGCACCACCAUUAUUCACAAAGAGACUUAUAGAUUCAGCAGCUGAAGAAGGCUCAUCAUAUCAGCUUGAGGCAACUGUAGAAGGUCAUCCUCUCCCAGUUGUUUCUUGGUCAAAGGAUGGAAAAUGUGUGGAUGAAUCUCCUGAUUAUGUCAUUACCUUCAACAAUGGUGAAUGUGUGCUCAGAUUUGAGGAAGUCUUUGUGGAGGAUCAAGCUGAGUACCAAUGCAGAGCUUCCAAUGAUCUGGGUGAAGAUAUUACUAAAGCCAGGCUUACUGUCACAGCGGUGGAACUCUCUGAACGGCCAAAGUUCACAAUGCUCUUGAGCAAUGUGAUGGCAAGGGCUGGACAGAAGUUUAAAUUGGAAUGCCAGGUUACAGGGAACCCAACUCCUACUAUCACCUGGUUCCACAACAACAAACCAGUCAAGGAAACACCAGACUGUAGGUUGACAUUUGAUGGUCAAACAGCCACUUUAGUGAUGUCUGAAGCCUUCCCUAAGAAUGCUGGCACUUACACUGUUGUGGCAAAGAACUCUGCUGGAGAAGCUCAGUGCUCAGCAAAUGUGUCUGUAAAGGGUCGCAUUCCAACUGAGACAAGUGACUCUGAGGUGGCAUCAGACAUAGAUGCAGAACCAGUAAAGCCUUCAGUACAACUUCCCUUGAAAGAUACCAGCAUACAAGAAGGGAGGCCAGCCCGUCUUGACUGUGUUAUUGUUGGUCAGCCUGAGCCAGAGGUUAUUUGGUACCAUGAUGACAAGCCUGUUAAAGAGUCCAAUGACUUCAAAUUGCUGUUUCAUGGUGAUCGUUGUUCUCUGAUAAUACAAGAAGCAUUCUUGGAGGAUGCUGGCAUAUACAGGGUAGUUGCAAUGAACUCUGCUGGUGAGGCAUCAACUGCAUGUUUCCUUAAUGUAGAACCUGUUCCUGAACUGGCACCACCAUCUGAACCAGAAGCUCCCACUGUGGCACCUCGUUUCUCUCAACUGUUGACAGACAGUCAUGUCACAGAAGGAAAACCAAUCACUCUUCGUGCUUCAGUGACUGGCGAGCCAGCUCCUACCAUAGCAUGGUUUAAGGAUGGUGUGCCACUUCUUCCUGAUAAUGAGUUCCAGAUCCAGGAGAAUCGAGAUGGUAGUCUCAUUGUUCAUAUUAAUGCUGCAACACUUGACCACACUGGACAGUAUGAAAUAGUUGCAUCCAAUGCAGCAGGGACAGCAAAGUGUGUGGCUUAUCUGAGCAUAGAACCUCGUCUCCCAACACCUCCACCUCCAGAGCACAGGGAACCUCCUGUCUUUACCAAACUCAUUCAAGAUGUGACGGUGACAUCUGGAAGUGGUGUCAUAUUUGAAGCUGAGGUUACAGGGGUCCCAAAGCCUACGGUAUACUGGACACUGAAUGACUGCCAUCUCACUGGUCAAGAAUAUUUACAUGGACAACUGCAAUAUCUUAUUGGCAACCGAGGAAGUGUCCAUUCUCUGGAGUUACCUACAACAUCCAAACUUCAAGCAGGUAUCAUCACUAUUGUUGCAGAAAAUGCUGCAGGAAAAGCAGUAUCUGCAGCAGCUCUUAAAAUUCUAGAUCCACCAACAGUAGUAGCAAAACCAGCAGCCAUGGAGCCCCAAGGGAAACCGCAGCAUCAUGUGAGGGAGGAGAGCUACACCUCAUCCACAACAUCAUCCUCAACCAUGUUCCAACAAACCAGCAGAAUGGAAACCAGCCACAUAACCAAGGUUGUCAUGAGUAGUGGAGGAAGCAUGGAUGAGAAGAAGCAUAGCAUGUCUGCAGCCUCCACUUCACAGGUCAAGAAGGUCUCUGGACAGCCAGCAACAGAGGUUCACAAAGCACAUUUCCAGGAGGUGAAGCAAGAUGGAAUUGCACCAGCCGUGGUCAGUGAUAAAGUAAGCAUGGUAAAGAUUGAGGGUGACAAAGUGGUCCAGCAGGUGAGCCAAGAUUCUGGCACCGUUUCCAUCACUCCUCCUCCAAAGAAAUUUGCAACAGGCAAGAGGAAGGCUGCCCCUGCAAGAUUCAUCACACCUCUUCAGAGUAUCAUUGCCAAAGAGGAUGACCGAAUUGUUCUGGAAAGCACAAUUGAUGGUUAUCCAGACCCAUCUGUGACAUGGACCCAUAAUGAUGGACCUCUUAAGGAUGAUAUUCAAGUUAAGACUCAGUUAAACAAAACUUCACUGACCAUCCCCAGGGUCAACCAAGGACAUAGUGGACAUUACACCUGUUUCAUACAGAAUGAAGGUGGCUCUGCCCAGUGCACCUGUGAUGUUAUAAUCAAGAAAAAACAGUUCCCACCAGUGAUAUCGAAAAGGCUGCAACCUGUUGUGGUGGGUGUAAACGAACGACUACACAUGGAGAUUGAUGUGACUGGUACCCCCUUACCUGAAGUUUCAUGGACAAAGGAUGGUCAAGCACUUACUGCAAGUGAUCGCUUAACUCAGCGCUCUGAGGGUACUCGACACCUUCUCAUCAUCCAGGAAGCUCAAUUAGAUGAUUCUGGUCGGUAUGGUGCUAUUGCUACCAACCCAGCUGGUCGGGCGGAGACUCUUGCAGAUGUUAUGGUGACACAACUGAUUAUAGAUGAGACAUCUCAAACACACAAGAUUGUAUUUACUGAUGUAACUGAUGAAACUAAGAUGUUUACUAGCAGGUCAGAAGAGGUCCAUGAGGAAAGGCGUGGAGGAGCCCCAGGUACGAAACCCACUCCAGAAACUAAACCAACUAAAGAAGAAAAGAAACCAAAAUAUGAAGAGUUCAGAAGAGAAACUCAUGGACACCCAGGGAAAUCAGGUCCUUACUCUGAAGACACUUAUUAUGCCAUGAAGGAUGAGAGUGAUAUUUCUACUGAAGGGCGAAGAACUAAGAAGAAAGUUGAGAUGAAGAGUGAAACACAUGUAGAAGUAAUGUCUGACAAGAAGGUUGAGGUCUUUGAAAGCACAAGUGUUGAUGUCACACCAAAACCCAAGAAAAAGCAAGUGGUGAAAAUGGAACAGAAACAUGAAGUGAAAGCAAUUCAAGAUGCAAGACCUGCUGAGACAUCUGCCCCUGUUCCUACUUCAGAACCAAAAGUGAAGUCUACACCUGUAGCAGAGACAAAAACAAGUGAAAAAGAAAUAAAAAUAUCAUCAGUUACUGAAUGUAAGGAGCAUUUAGUAAAGGAAUCAUUUACAUCAGAAAAACAGGACUUACCACAGCAAGUCAUUAAGCCAGUGAAAAAGGUGAGUCUAAAAACAGAGCCUGAAAAGGAUGUGAAAGCACCUUUAAAGGUCCCCAAAAUUGAACCAUUAAAAUCUACUGGUCUUGUAAAACAGGCAGUCACUAUCCAAGAAAAAGAAAAGAUAGAAUUGGAUUUGAAACCUUUCCCAUUUGAGCCUGACCCAGAGAAACCGAAGAAGCCGAGAGGACAGCCACCUUCUCAUCCAAGCAAGUUUAAAAAGGGGGAAUUCCAUGAGAGUGACUAUGAUAGUGAUUAUGAAGGAAAAAUAGCACCUAAAUGGAAACCUGCAGACAGUGAUGCUGAAGAAAAUGUUUAUGGAAAAGUCCAGCCACCACUUGGGAAAAGCAAAGUGUCACAGCCACAUGUGAGAACACCAACACCUCCAUCAGCUUUUGAUCAGCCACCACAAUUUGAAGGACCAGCAAGGCCUAAAAUAGAUUUUCCUGAAUCCGAAACUGAACCAGAACGGGAUGUGUCACCAGAGAUAGUCAUUCCAGAGAAGGUAGAGUAUGUAGCUCCUCCUGAACCACCAAAAGUUGCACCAAAAGAGCCUAAACUUUUCAGGUCACAGCCACCUAAAAAGGAAUUUCCUAAAAAAGAACCACCUAAAAGAGAGCCUCCACCUAGGUCACCAUCACCUGUUUUGCAGCCUGGUACUCCUCCUGAAGAACUUUAUGCUGAAUCCAAGCCAAAGGAGUCACCAUUUUCAAAUGCAAUUGGAGUUGAGUCAACAAAGAUAACAAAGAUAGCAGACUCUAGUGCUUAUCACAAACGCUUUGUUACUAUGCAGCAAACAACUAGAGUUAUAAAGUUUACUGAUUCUAGGACUGCAACAACUUCAACUGAAAGUCAACAAGCAUCAUCGUCUGAAAGGAAGUCAAGGUCUACAAAGAGAGAAGAACCUAAAAGGGAACCACUACCAGCUUUAGAACCUUUCCCAUUCACUCCUGAUCCACCAAAGCCAAAGAAAGAUAGGGGUGCACCACCACCAAAACCUAAAAAGUUCCAGAAAGGUGAAUUUACUGGCAGUGACUAUGAAAGUGACUAUGAAAGUCGUAUCCGACCAAAAUGGCAACCACCUGACAGUGAUGCAGAAGAGCCAAACUACACAAAAGUAAAGCCACAGUUAAGAUCUGACAGGACACCCUCAAAAACAAGGGAGAGAACACCAACUCCUCCUACAGUUUUUGAUGUUCCACCAGAAGAAGGACCUUGGCGUCCAUCUGUUGAGAAGGUUGAAAUUACUGCAGAGAUUGUUCCAAGCCCUGAAAUCCUUAUCCCCAAGGAUGUACCUAAAAAGGAAAUACAAAGGAAAGUUGUUGUAAAAGCUACAAAGUCUACUGAAAAACUUCCUGAACGUCCAGUAUCACCAGAGCUGCCUCCUCCAGGGACUCCACCAGAAGAAGGGGUCAUUAUUCAGCAAACAGAGUAUGUAGUUGAUAAAGUAGAUGUAAAGUCAAGAAUUUUGCCUCCUCCAAUGCAAGAAGUACAAACUUAUGAAGAAAAGCCAUAUACAAAAAUUAUUGAAAGAACAGAGAAAACUUUCACUGAUAUUAAGCUGGAAGAGGAAAUGAGAAUGAAGAAGGAGAAAAUGGAAAGAAAAAUAACCACUGAAACUGAUUAUGAGCAAGUUCCAGAAAGACCUCCUCCCCCAGUUGAAGAAGAGCAAGUGGUUGUUGAAACUGAAAGGCUCAUGGACCUGGAACCAUUUCCAUUCACAGUAGAGGAGCCAAAACCUAAGAAAGAGAGAGGCCCACCCCCACCAAAACCUAAAAAGUUUUAUAAGGGAGAGUUUAGGGAGAGUGAUUAUGAAAGUGAUUAUGAAGGAAGACUAAAGCCAAAGUGGAAACCAGCAGACAGUGAUGUAGAAGACCCAGAAUACACACCAGUCAGACCUCCUCCACCCAGAGAACGAACAAUUUCUAAGAGCAGAGAACGAACUCCAACUCCUCCAUCUAAAUUUGAUGUCCCGCCUACAUUAGGUGAACCAUUGAGGCCAGUAAUUAAACCUGUAGAUCAGCCUCUCGUGCAAGCAUUUAAGGAAACAUCUCCAGAAAUCAUCAUUCCAAAGAUAGAGGAAAAGAAAGUGAGUAAGACUCCAAAGGUGGUUCCAAAAGCUCCUUCAAUAAAGGUAAAACAGGAAGAGCCAGAAAAGCCCAAAGUGCCAUCUCCUCCUCUACCCGAGCCAGGACCGCAACCUGAAAUUGGAUAUGUUGAAGGUGGAACAGCAACUUUAGUUCAGGAAGAAGAGGAUGCCCACAUUCGAAUGAUUAAGAAAAAGAUUGAAGCUAAGAAAGGUUUCCAGAUUGAUAUUGAUAUUACAGAUAUAUAUGACUUUGUAUCUGAGUCAGAGCUUGAAAAAACAGAUACAGAAUCAGGAAAAGGGAAGCAGUUCCCUAAAUUAGAACCAUUCCCCUAUGAACCAGAGCCACACAGACCUAAACGUGAAAGAGGUCCUCCACCACCGCAGCCAAAGAAAUUCUUCAAAGGAGAGUUUAGAGGCAGUGACUAUGAAAGUGAUUAUGACAGCAGGCCUAUUGCUCCCAAGUGGCUUCCUCCUGAUAGUGAAGGGGAAGAGCCAAUGUACAGACGAGUUGCACCUCCUGCUGGGGAUCCUGGCAAGCGACGAAGUGAAUCUUCAGGCAGGGAUCCAUCUCCUCCUUCCAAGUUUGAUCAACCCCCUCAAUUUGAAGGUCCUCCACGUCCAGUGGUGGAACUUUCAGAUAUACCAAGAAGGGAAAGACGUGAGUCCUUGGAAGAGUACUCCAUACCCCGGUUCCCUAAAGUGGAAUUCAAGCCAUUUGAUCUGGAAGAUGAAAAUAGACACCAUCCUCACAUUUCUCAUACUACAGAUACUGAAACAGAACCAGAAGCAUUUACACAGCCUUUAUCACCAACCAAAACUGGCAUUGAUAAAAAAUAUGCUAAGUCUGCACAGAAGGUAGUUAGCCACCAGUUUGAGGACAUGACACAGACAUUCCGCCACAAAGCCCAGAAAUUUGCUGAGCAGCUAGUGACUGAGGUAUUUGCUGCCAGGGAGGGCUCAGUUCCAGCUGAGCCUGCAGGUGAACCUCCAUCCAUGCCCGAAGAACUCAAAAAGCAAUCUGUCUCACCAGUCUCCACUGCUGCACCUCCUACUACUGCUGAUGGACUUGCAACUGAUGUCCAGGAACCCCAGGCUUAUAGAGAUGAAUCCAGGGUCUCCGAAUUUGGCACAAAACACAUUGAUCCAGACACAGGUCUGAUCUACUUCAAAUAUGACUUUGGAUAUGAAUUUGGAGUUAUUCUACCUGGAGAAGCAAAGAAGUUGGAAAAGAAGAAAGAGGUUAAUGGUGACCGCACCACAGACAUCCCUAUACCAGUAAUUCAUGAGAAAUCUGGUACUUCCUGUAAAUCUGAGAUAAGCAGCACCAAGACAAAUGGACAUAUCCAGACACCACAGGAAAAAUCCUUGCAAGAAGAGCCUCCUCAAACAACAGGCAAGACUUUAUCAACAGAGGCUCCAGAAGAAGACCACACAUCUCCUCAGCCAUCACUGCAGUCAGACAUCUCGGAAACAGACCGUGAGUAUCAGCAGUAUAUGGGCAAGAUGAUUCCUGAAUUUGUGCCCAAGAAGCAAGCACAGUUCCGUCCCAUUUCGGGUGACCCAUACUCAGACAGCGAAGCUGAGUCUGAUCACCCAAGUCCAACCAAGAUCUCAGAACCAGUUCAUGGUAUUGAUACAGGCCCUAAGAGAUUUAUGCCUUUGGUUCCUGGUGCAGCAGUUCAACCCAAGUCAGUACGCCCCAUCCACGAUGCUCCAGUGGAUCCGCUCAGCACUGUCGCAGAACUGGGAGCCAUUACGCGACCUGGCGGUGUUGGUGGGAGAGACUCUGCGUCUAGAAUGCGUGGUGCAGGCAGAUCCACCAGUGCAAGUCACGUGGUCCAAAGGGGGCAGCGUACUUCAGAACGGGCCAGAUUACCAGAUAGUGUACAGAAACGGUGUUUGUAGGCUGAUCAUUCCUCAGGUGCUCCCAGAGGAUGAGGGGGUGUAUACCUGUACAGCUGUAAACCUUUUGGGGGUGGACUCCACCAGCGGCACAGUCUGCAUUACAGGUGAGAAGAAGUAAUCCUCACGCCACAUAGAAUCUACUUCUGCUACUCCUGCUGCUGGUACUUCUGCUGUUGGGGUUUCUCAGGAGUUCUGUUAAAGACUGUCUUUGGUGGUGGUGGUAUAAUAAAAAGUAGCCAAUAUGCUACUGUUGUGCCUCUAUUCCACUCCCCUUGCCUUUGUUCUGUCUAGACUUCAAACACUACAUUUUUGCAAACUCAGAUUGUGUAGUGUUGGUGUUGGCGUUAGUUUCUUUUGUGACUCUCCUGGUGUAGAGAAAUAACAAGGGGAUUCAGCUUAGCUUAGAUUUUAUAAAAAGAAAAUUCAUUGAUAGGAAAAGAUAAUGUAUCUUUUCCAAAGAAGUUCAUAAAGUAAAUAUGUUUGAGAAGCUGGUAUUAAACACAAAUAAAAGAUGUAUGGCCCAUGUUCAUUAUCACUGCCUUUGGUAUAAAUGAUUGUUUUAAGAUAUUUGUAUUUCAGUCAGACAACAUUUAUCUAAUUAAUCAGUAUCAUUGUAUUCAGAUUACAGUCCAUUCUGUUCUUUGUUCUAGUCAGACUUCUGAUGGACUUGAACUGAUUUCUCUAUUGUAAGGUUCCUAGUCAAAUAAUAGGCCUCUCUGUGAUCUUCUCUCUGACCUGGUUUUAAGUAUAGUGGAUUUUUAAAAUAAUUUUAGAGUGUAACUUCAAAUUCUCUGUAGUGUUAGCUAUUCAUAGUCACAAGCAAUGUGUUGAUUACGCUUCAUUUUCACUUGGGGAAGAUAUUGUUCCCAAAUAAUGAUACAAGUAUUCACUGUUCUGUCUUCCAUGCCUGUCUUGACUAAGUGCCUUCUGUACUGCCUCUGUAUUUCCUUUUAUCCCAUAAUCUCAUGACUGCAGGCUCCCUUCACAUCCUCUUCAAACAAACUAAACUCUAGGCUGUGCAACAUGUGCAUGAAUGACAAAUAUUUGUUAAGAAUAAUGAAUGUGAACUAGCUUUACUUGCAGUCUCCAGCAGUUAUGUUCAUUAUAUUUGAGACUUGUGAAGCAUCAUGCCUGUAGGUCCUUUUCAUAUAAAUUCAGCAUGAGUCUGGGAUGUCAUCAUGAUUUCAUAUACUUUCUGGAUAAUUCUACAUAGAUUUUUAGGAGAUCCAAUCAUCAUUCAUUAGUCACUGGAUUAUUGUAAUGUGAAGGGCAUGAUGCUGAUCCAGAUUUUCUGCUGUACAUAUAAAAAAAAAUUAAAACCUUGUACUGAAACUUCCCAUGACAGAAAGGCCAGACAUGAAGCAGAUGAUGAUCCUAAGGAAUAUGUGAACAGCUUUGUUAACCAUUCUACAGAGUUAAUAACCUAAACAUUUCUAGGUUAGACAGAAACUAUAAUAGUUUCCUGUAUUAGGCAGCCAUGUUCCAGACAUGUGGAAGAAAGAAAGUAUACAUAAUCCUUCUUAAGUAUUGAAUUAUACAACACUCAUAUAUGUCAGUUUUCAUGUUCAAGUGUCCAGCCCAUUUCUUUUAUCAUUGGAAGAUAAUUUUGUCUUAAAGAUCAUGCUACAAGUUUGUUCACGAAAUAGCUGUUGUUUAUAGUUAGUUGAUGACUGUCUUGCCUCCUUCAAUGGUGGCUUGGUUUAAUAAAAUGAUCCAAAUGGAGGAAACUUUUCUUGUUUCAUCCUAAGAACUUUAAAUAAAGGAAUACCUAUAUAA